GCGCGGCCCGGCCCGCUCAAGAUGGCGGUGCGGAAGAAGGACGGCGGCCCCAACGUCAAGUACUACGAGGCCUCGGACACCGUCAGCCAGUUCGACAACGUGCGGCUCUGGCUCGGCAAGAACUACAAGAAGUACAUCCAGGCCGAGCCCCCCACCAACAAGUCGCUGUCGAGCCUGGUGGUGCAGCUGCUGCAGUUCCAGGAGGAGGUGUUCGGGAAGCACGUCAGCAACGCGCCCCUCACCAAGCUGCCGAUCAAAUGCUUCCUGGAUUUCAAGGCGGGGGGAGCCCUGUGCCACAUCCUGGCAGCCGCCUAUAAAUUCAAGAGCGACCAAGGAUGGCGGCGUUUCGAUUUCCAGAAUCCCUCGCGCAUGGACCGCAACGUGGAGAUGUUCAUGACCAUCGAGAAAUCCCUGGUGCAGAACAACUGCCUGGCUCGGCCCAACAUCUUCCUGCACCAGGAGAUCGAGCCCAAACUGCUGGGGAAGCUCAAGGACAUCGUCAAGAGGCACCAGGGCACCGUGACCGAGGACAAGAGCAACGCGUCCCACAUCGUCUGCCCCGUGCCCGGGAACCUGGAGGAAGAGGAGUGGGUCCGGCCCGUCAUGAAGCGUGACAAGCAGGUGCUGCUGCACUGGGGGUACUACCCCGACAGCUACGACACCUGGAUCCCGGCCAGCGAGAUCGAGGCGUCCGUGGAGGAUCCCCCGACACCGGAGAAGCCCCGGAAGGUCCACGCCAAGUGGAUCCUGGACACGGACACCUUCAACGAGUGGAUGAACGAGGAGGAUUACGAGGUGACGGACGAGAAGAGCCCCGUCACCCGCAGGAAGAAGAUCUCGGCCAAGACCCUGACGGACGAGGUGAACAGCCCCGACUCGGACCGGCGGGACAAGAAGGGGGGCAACUACAAGAAGAGGAAGCGCUCGCCCUCCCCCUCGCCCACCCCCGAGGCCAAGAAGAAGAAUGCGAAGAAGGGACCCUCCACCCCCUACAACAAAUCCAAGCGUGGGCACCGCGAGGAGGAGCAGGAGGACCUGACCAAGGACAUGGACGAGCCCUCGCCCGUCCCCAACGUGGAGGAGGUCACCCUGCCCAAAACGGUCAACACCAAGAAGGACUCGGAGUCGGCGCCCGUCAAGGGGGGCACCAUGACAGACCUGGAUGAGCAGGAAGACGAGAGCAUGGAGACAGCCGGCAAGGACGAGGAGGAGAACGGCACGGGCAGCAAAGGGGAGCAGGCCAAGAACCCCGACCUGCACGAGGACAACGUGACAGAGCAGACCCACCACAUCAUCAUCCCCAGCUACGCCGCCUGGUUCGACUACAACAGCGUCCACGCCAUCGAGCGCCGCGCCCUGCCCGAGUUCUUCAACGGCAAAAACAAAUCCAAGACCCCCGAGAUAUACCUGGCCUACCGUAACUUCAUGAUCGACACGUACCGGCUGAACCCGCAGGAGUACCUGACCUCCACGGCCUGCCGGCGCAACCUGGCCGGCGACGUCUGUGCCAUCAUGCGGGUCCACGCCUUCCUGGAGCAGUGGGGCCUCAUCAACUACCAGGUGGACGCCGAGAGCCGGCCCACCCCCAUGGGCCCCCCGCCCACCUCUCACUUCCACGUGCUGGCCGACACCCCCUCGGGGCUGGUGCCGCUGCAGCCCAAGACGCCCCAGGGCCGGCAGAGCGACGGCGACGCCAAGACGGGCCGCAAGAGCAAAGAGAUGGAGGAGCUGGUCAGCGAGACGGUGAAGGGGAAGCCGGAGCUGCAGCAGCCCACCUCGGCCUCGCAGCAGAUGCUCAACUUCCCGGAGAAGGGCAAGGAGAAGCCGGCGGACAUGCAGAACUUCGGGCUCCGCACCGACAUGUACACCAAGAAGAACGUCCCGUCCAAGAGCAAAGCUGCCGCCAGCGCCACGCGGGAGUGGACGGAGCAGGAGACGCUGCUGCUGCUGGAGGCCCUGGAGAUGUACAAGGACGACUGGAACAAGGUGUCGGAGCACGUGGGCAGCCGCACGCAGGACGAGUGCAUCCUGCACUUCCUGCGCCUGCCCAUCGAGGAUCCCUACCUGGAGGACUCGGAGGCCUCCCUGGGACCCCUGGCCUACCAGCCCAUCCCCUUCAGCCAGUCGGGCAACCCCGUCAUGAGCACCGUGGCCUUCCUGGCCUCCGUGGUGGAUCCGCGUGUGGCCUCGGCCGCUGCCAAAUCGGCUCUGGAGGAAUUCUCCAAGAUGAAGGAGGAGGUGCCCACGGCGCUGGUGGAGGCCCACGUGCGCAAGGUGGAGGAGGCGGCCAAGGUGACGGGCAAGGCCGACCCCGCCUUCGGGCUGGAGAGCAGCGGCAUCGCCGGCACCACCUCGGACGAGCCCGAGCGCAUCGAGGAGAGCGGGGCGGAGGAGGCGCGGGCAGAGGCGCAGCCGGCCGAGGAGAAGAAGGAGGCGAAGGAGCCCCGGGAUGGCACCGCCGAGGAGGAGGCCAAGGAGAAACCCGGGGAGACCCCCAAGAAGGAGGAGGAGAAGGGGAAGGAGGUGGAGGGAGAGAAGGAGCCCGACAAGGGUGACGGUGACAGCGCAGGUGAGCCCGAGAAGGACAAGGAGGUGAAAGAGGGGCCGGACGAGGUGCCCAAGGAGCCCCCGGAGCCCGAGGCCGAGCGCAAGGCCAAGGUGGAGCGGGACAUCGGCGAGGGGAACCUGUCCACGGCCGCCGCCGCCGCGCUGGCCGCCGCCGCCGUGAAGGCCAAGCACCUGGCGGCCGUGGAGGAGCGCAAGAUCAAGUCCCUGGUGGCGCUGCUGGUGGAGACGCAGAUGAAGAAGCUGGAGAUCAAACUGCGGCACUUCGAGGAGCUGGAGACCAUCAUGGACCGCGAGCGCGAGGCCCUGGAAUACCAGCGGCAGCAGCUGCUGGCCGACCGCCAGGCGUUCCACAUGGAGCAGCUCAAGUACGCGGAGAUGCGCGCCCGGCAGCAGCACUUCCAGCACCUGCAGCAGCAGCAGCAGCAGCAGCAGCCCCCGCUGCCCCCGGGGGCUCAGCCCCUGCCCGCCGCCGCCGCCCCCCUGGCCCCCGCCGCCCACCCGCUGGCCGCUCCGCCCGCCCCGGCCAUGGUGGCCCCGGCACCAUUCCCCGGGCAGCAGCCGCCGCCCUCGCAGAGCCUGGCGGGGACCCUCGGCGGUGGCAGCGGCGGCGGCAGCAGCAGCAGCAGCAGCAGCAGCGGCCACCCCGCCGUGCCCGGUAAUGCCACCGCGGCCCUGCCCUUCGGCUUGCCCGCGCCCCCCGUGGCCCCGAGCAUGGCUAACCCCCCGUGCGACCCCUUCCCCUCUAACCCGGCCCCCCUCCCGCUGCAUGGGGCCCUGGCCAGCAGCAUGCCGGGGGUGGGGGGGCUGCCCCCCAACUCCCACCCGGCCCCGCCGCCGCUGCCGGGGGGCUCGGCCGCCGCGCACAGCCCCGCCAUCGUGGCCGCCGUGCAGGGAAGCCUCCUUCCCAACCCCGGGCUCCUCGCAGGUGAGAAAUUUUGGGGGUAUCGGGAGCGCGAGGGGCGGGCGGGGGUCGUGCAUGGACGGUGGGGAAGGGGCGAUGCUCUCCUGUGCUCCCCCCACCCCCCGGUUUGA